CAUGUAGAAUUGACAAGGGCGUCGUUGUUUUAAAUUUGUUGCAUCCGAUUAGAGGAGAAAUUCACAAACCUGUUUCCAUGGAAACAUCUGUGUUCGAAGUUUAAUCGGAAAGGUGCGUUUUAAAGAUGGAGAGAUCAAGUUUAUUUUUUUAAGUUAUACGAAAAUUUAAAUAUAAAUAAUUAAAUGUAUAUUCAAGAUUUUUUAAGAUACUAUUUGCAUUAUGACAUAACUGGUCAAAUGUAUAUCAUUGAAAAGAAUUGAUCGUUAUUCCGUUUGUAAUUACCGUGUAAAAACGUUCACGAUGACACUGGCACCAAAGGACCUAACCAAACUAUUAGAUAUUCUUGAUGAAGAAAAUAUGGACACUAGCUUGGAAAAUCUUUGCAAUCAGCUUCAUCAAGUAUUCUCCAAGGAAGAUCGCUUUAAAGUUGGAAUGACGUUACUUCUGUUACUGCAACAUAUUGAUUUGUUACCAAAACAUGGUCAACGAAUAAUGGCCUUAACGAUGUUGUUUGAUCUGUACAGAGGAGAGCCAUUAGCUUCUACACCUUUUGCAACGGUUUUCGUUCAAGUGCUAAAACCACAAGAAGAUACGACUAAUGGUGUUUCGAUAACCAACUUCUCAGGACAUAUUCCAGUACUUUCCGAAUGUGAGAAAAACUUACUUAUUAAUUUGUUAGGAUAUAAUCAAAAGGAAGUAAUGAAGAAAACACCGCGCCAAUUAAUCGUGGAUGAUCUCUAUUUUGCAUCGACACCGCCUUUGGAUUUAACCAAUUUACAGUUACAACUUGCCGAAUAUCAUUCUGAACUUCCUUCCAUAAGUAAAUGUGGCAAUCCAAUUAUAUUACCAGAUAUGGAUCACUCUAAAAUAACAGGAUCCGAUAAAAAGAUAUUAAGAAACGUCGCAGAAAAUCUUAUUGUCGGUGACCCACCAUUAUGUGCUCAAAGUUAUAGUCCUGAAUUUUUAAGGUUGGCGCCACCUCUAUAUCAUUCUAUCAACGAAUUGGCAUGGUUUAAUGUCACAGAUCCAUCUGAAUUUACUGUGGAAUACGAUAACAGUAUGUGUGUUUCCAAUUGUGCUGGAGCUGAAGCACGCAGACUAAUGGGCAAAGCUUUUAAAAGUGUUUUGACGCUUCAGCAACAACAGCAUUUAGUUAAUGAAUUGGAUAGGGAUCCAAAACUUGUUUAUCAUAUAGGUCUUACACCUGGAAAAUUGCCAGAUUUAGUAGAAAAUAAUCCAUUAAUUGCUAUCGAAGUUUUAUUGAAACUUAUGCAAUCUAGCCAAAUAACAGAAUAUUUUAGUGUUUUGGUAAACAUGGAAAUGUCCCUUCAUUCGAUGGAAGUUGUAAAUAGGUUGACUACCACUGUGGACUUGCCGACUGAAUUUGUUCAUUUAUAUAUUAGCAAUUGUAUAUCUACUUGUGAAACUAUAAAGGAUCGUUAUAUGCAGAAUCGUCUUGUACGUUUAGUUUGUGUAUUUCUCCAGUCUUUGAUUAGGAAUAAAAUCAUUAAUGUUCAAGAGUUAUUUAUUGAGGUACAAGCAUUUUGUAUUGAAUUUAGUCGUAUUAGAGAAGCAGCAGCAUUAUUUCGUCUUUUGAAACAACUUGAAUCGGGUGACAUAGGUGGAUUAAACGCACCCCCUACAAAGAGCAAAAUAGAUAUGUGUUAAGACAAUACUCUUCUGUUAACAUAUUUGUUUCCUUAGUUAACAAUCUGAUUUUUUUUCUUCUCAUUUUUAUUGUAUUAAAUAAAUAUAAAAAUCAUGUUUCUGAGAUAUGUUUUAGAAUAACAUACUCGUAGAAUUUUCAAAUCUAUGCUAAAGAGAGAUCCUGUAUAUUAUUAAUGCACAAAUCUAUAUAAUUAUUUAUUAUAUUUCUUCCAGCAAUGA